GGCUGAGGGAAGGGUGCAUCCGCUAACGUCACAUCGGAUCUUUGAACUCUCUAGAGGGACUCGAGGUGACCUGGAUGACAGCUCCUCUUUGGUCCCCAGAACCCUGGCUGGAAGGAGUGGGGUAGUCAGGGCUAUUGGGCCUGAGCAACAAAGCCAGAGAAGCCUGGCCCAGGCGGAGAAGCUGGGAUGCUGGAGAGGCUGGGCGGGGAAGGAGGGAGGAGGGAGAAGCCGGGGUUCAUGACAGGGACCGGCAGUACACGGGCCGUGCCCAGUAAGCAAGUCGCCUCUCUGGACAGAGCUGGGAAAGACAAAGCUGCAAGUUCCCUAGAUGUCCGCUAGGGGGAAACAGAGGCUAGAGCAGCCGCAGGUCGCUAUGGUAACCACGAAGCUGACGCUGCGUUUUCCUUAGCCCCGCCCAGCAGGUGUCCGGGAGGCUGCAAGGUCCCGGCUCAGCUCCGCACAGGCAGCGAGUCCAGACAAAGGCCCAGGCACCUACGCAGAGACCCCUCCUGCCCAAGCCACAGCUGUCUGACCCCCGCAGGCAAGAUGGCGGUGGCUCACUGACCGAGCCCAGUGAUUGACAGCCACACCGCUCCCCAGCUCCGCCCUAACCGCGGGCCCCACCGCAGCGCCCCUCGGGGCCCCCUCUGUGGGGGCCUGCGCGCGGGGGCGUCUGGGAAGUGUAGUUCGCGCAUCCGCCACCGUCCCGGGGUUGCGGGCGCGAGCCUCCGCGUGCGCAGGCGCACUUCCGGCUCUGCCCGCCGCUGCAGCCAUUGUCCGGCCCUGGUGCGGCUGAGGCCGCUCUGGGCAAGCCCAUCAGCAGAUCAGAAUUGGAGAGAACCGAGCCUGCUGCAGGCGUGGGAGGAGCCGGCCAGCGGCUCUGGGUGGCCUGAGGUUGCAAGAUUCGGAGGCCCCCGGAGGCGGUGAUUCCGAGUGCGCGGCUCCGGUCGGGCAGCGGGCCCCGGCGAGGCAGGAAUGGCCCCGAGGCCGCCGACGGCCGCGCCCCAGGAAUGUGGUCCUACAGGAAUCAGUAACAUUCAAAGAUGUGGCCGUGGACUUCACCAGGGAGGAAUGGCACCACGUGGACUCUGCGCAGAGAACGUUGUACAAGGAUGUGAUGCUGGAGAACUAUAGCCACCUGGUAGCUCUUGGAUAUCAAGUUUCCAAGCCAGAGGUGAUCUUCAAGUUGGAACAAGGAGAAGAGCCGUGGAUAUCAGAGGGAGAAAUCCAGAGACGCUUCUGUGCAGGCAGAGUGGAAAGUGAGCGAGAGAGAGACAGAGAGAAAGGUCUUCCUUUUGCCGUUGGUUCACCCUCCAAUGGCCGCUGUGGCCGCCGCAGCUGGCGCACCGUGCUGAUCCGGUGGCAGGAGCCAGACUGGAAGACCAGGAGUGAAGCCAAAUCAUCAAAUCUUCAUCAGGGCAUAGCUGAAGUGUCCCGUAGCACAGAUGGUCUCUCCAGUGCCACUUUAGAAGACACCUGUGAUAUUAGUAGCCAGUUAGAAAGGCACCAGGAAAACGGGAAGAGACAUCUGGGGCCAGAGGCAUCUGCCCAGAAGAAAAUAAUCACACCAGAGAAAAGUUUUGAGCAAAAUAAAUUUAGUGAAGAUUCUAGGUUGAAUAAAGACCUGCUUACACAACUGAACAUUCCUUCAAGAAUAAGGCCUAGUGAAUGUGAGACGCUUGGAAACAAUUUGGGACAUAAUUCAGACUUACUUAAUCAAAACAAUGCCCUUGCGAAGAAGAAACCAUAUAAGUGUAAUAAAUGUAGGAAAGCCUUUAUUCAUCGAUCAUCACUUACCAAACAUGAGAAAACACAUAAAGGAGAGGGUGCUUACCCUACUGGUGCAGAUCAGGGAAUUUAUCCUGGAAAGAAACAUCAUGAGUGUACUGACUGUGGGAAAACCUUCCUGUGGAAGACACAACUGACGGAGCAUCAGAGAAUUCACACUGGGGAGAAACCCUUUGAAUGCAAUGUGUGCGGAAAGGCCUUCAGGCACAGCUCAUCCCUUGGGCAGCACGAGAAUGCUCAUACUGGAGAGAAACCCUACCAGUGUAGUCUCUGCGGCAAAGCCUUCCAGCGCAGUUCCUCCCUUGUUCAGCACCAGAGAAUUCACACCGGAGAGAAGCCCUAUCGAUGUAAUCUGUGUGGGAGGUCCUUCAGGCAUGGCACAUCCCUCACUCAGCACGAGGUUACACACAGUGGUGAGAAACCCUUCCAGUGUAAGGAAUGUGGGAAAGCCUUUAGUCGGUGUUCUUCCCUAGUCCAACACGAGAGGACUCAUACUGGAGAGAAACCUUUUGAAUGUAGCAUAUGUGGGCGGGCUUUUGGUCAGAGCCCAUCUCUUUAUAAGCAUAUGAGGAUUCAUAAGAGAGGCAAACCUUACCAAAGCAAUAGCUACAGCAUAGAUUUCAAGCACACCUCCUCUCUUACUCAAGAUGAAAGUACUGUGACUGAAGUGAAAUCCUACCAUUGUAACGACUGUGGGGAAGACUUCAGUCACAUUACAGACUUCACUGACCAUCAGAGGAUCCAUGCUGGAGAGAACCCCUAUGACUGUGAGCAGGCCUUUAGUCAACAAACUAUUUCUCAUCCCGGAGAGAAGCCCUAUCAGUGUAAUGUAUGUGGGAAGGCGUUCAAAAGGAGUACCAGUUUCAUAGAGCAUCACAGGAUUCAUACUGGAGAAAAACCGUACGAAUGUAAUGAGUGUGGAGAAGCCUUCAGUCGACGCUCGUCGCUUACUCAACAUGAGAGAACCCAUACUGGCGAGAAACCCUAUGAAUGUAUUGACUGUGGGAAAGCCUUCAGUCAAAGUUCAUCCCUUAUUCAGCACGAGAGAACUCAUACUGGAGAGAAACCCUAUGAAUGUAACGAAUGUGGGCGCGCCUUUCGAAAGAAAACCAACCUGCAUGAUCAUCAGCGAAUUCAUACUGGAGAAAAACCCUAUGCUUGUAAGGAAUGCGGGAAAAACUUCAGUCGAAGCUCAGCUCUCACCAAACACCAGAGAAUUCAUGCACGAAAUAAACUCUAGGAACCCUGAAACUAAGGAAUGUGUAGAAAGCUUUAGCUAAAAUGCUGUUCUGGUUCAGGACCACAGCAUUCUUACUGGAGAGGGUUUGAGAAUCUAAUGACUUGUGUGUGAUGAAAACUUGUAUAUUGUGUGUGGAGAAAACUGUGUGCCACUAGACAGAAUGUCUUUUUAAUAAAAGCCACAUGCAUAUUUGAUUACAAGCAGCUGUAAAACUGACUACAGACAGCAUAUAUAGCCAGUUGAAAAUGAUAUGCCUAUAUAUUGGAUUUUAUAAAGCUUUUGAAUAUAUAUAUAUACAUAUAUAUAUAUAUAUAUGAGAUCACCAAGUUUCAAUCACUUGAUGUGUAACCCUGUUUACAGUCUUUUUAAAAAAAAUAAAUAAAACUCCAGUAAUGACGAAAAGUCAUUUUUAAAAAUUGCUUGACAACUGCAACUCUUAAAGUAAGUCCACUGUGGAAACCAACUCCACCUGCAGAAAUUUGCCAUUGAAAGAAUUAGUUUAAGUAGCAUAACCACUUCAUUGUACAGAUAAAGAGACAAAGCCAAAGAUUUGAAGUGGUUUGCACAGUAUGGUACAGCCCAUAAGAGCUAAGUGGAUUGGAGAAUGCAGGUCUCCUGGAUCUUUGUCCCCAUGGCAUUGUGACUGAAGGGUUUGAAGUGAAUCAGAUACCCAAACAUUUACUAAGCACCCUUGAGUUGAGCAUUUAGAAAUUCCUAAAAGCAUAAGAAGCAGGAUGUAUGCAGCUUUGCCACAGGCCUAUUUAAAUCAACUUGUAGAAGCUUACAAACCAGAACAUCAGCGGCAGCUGUUGAUAGUUGAGCUUCUGGUGACUUUUUCCUUUUCCCAGUUAGAAGUUACAUAGAGCUAACAUGUCAGUUUCAUAGAACUAUUAAGUCCUCUUGUGCUUUUUAGGGCACUCCUAUGAAAGCGCACUGACCUAAGCUUUAUAUAUCAGAUCGGUAGGAAAGCAACUAAGGAAAAACUAAGAGGAGAAUGUUCCCCAAAUCAGUUUUGUUACACAGAAAUAAAAAUCCAGCUACUUUUUGCCAUAAAUUAUCUGACUCCAUUUAGAGAAACAACAUGUAUUGACUCAUUUUGUGCACAAAUAUUUCACCAUAAAAAUACCAGCUUGUUGGGGGCAGCACUGUGAUGUGGUGAGUUAAGCCACUGCCUGCAGGACCGGCAUCUCAUGUGGGUGCUGGUUCCAGUCCCAGCUGCUCCACUUCUGAUCCCGCUCCAUGCUAAUGUGCCUGGGAAAGUAGCAGAAGAUGGCCCAAGUGCUUGGGCCCCUGCAUCCAAGCUCCUGGCUCCUGGCUUCAUCCUGGCCCAGUCCUGGCAUUGCAGCCAUUUGGGGAGUGAAUCAGCAGAUCAAAGACUCUGCUUCUCUCUCUGUUUCUGUAACUCCACCUUUCAAAUAAAUCUUAAAAAAAAAAAAAA